AGGUGCACGGAGAGGACGGCCUGGAGUCGGUGUUAGCGGAGAGCGUCAUUUUCGCGCUUCUGUCCGAGCGGCGCCUGGGACCUCGUCUCUACGGGGUCUUCCCGGGCGGGCGCCUCGAGCAGUACAUUCCGGCACGUUCCCUCUUCACCUCAGAGCUGGCAGACCCCAACCUGUCCGCUAUUAUCUCCACCAAAAUGGCCCGUGUUCAUGCCCUCAAUGUGCCUAUCAGCAAGGAACCCUCAUGGAUUUGGAACACCAUGGAUAAGUGGCUGAAGUCAAGUCAAGAUUUUCUAAACAACAGAUCAGUGAAUGACAGAGAAGAUGUUCAGAAAAUUGCAAAACUACAAUUGUUUAACUUCCAAAAGGAAAUGGAUUUCUUGCGCAAAGUUGUAGCAAAGGUUCAGUCGCCAGUGGUGUUCGCACAUAACGACAUGCAGGAAGGUAAUAUCUUGCUCAAUACUCAUGCCAAGACAAGAGAUGAUCAAGUGUGUCUGAUUGACUUUGAGUAUUGCUCAUAUAAUUACCGUGGUUUUGACGUGGCCAAUCACUUCUGCGAGUGGGUCUAUGAAUACAAACUCCCAGUCGACCCAUACUUCACGGUGGCUCGAGAAAACUAUCCCGGAAAGGACAAACAGUUAUUCUUCAUAAGAUCAUAUUUGGAGGCAUAUGAAGCUGCAAGGAGACGAAAGGUUGUACAGCCCACAAAUGCCAUUGAGGACUCGCACCCAAUCUCCUCAGUAAGUGUCCUCAGCCAGAACAACAGAAUGAUGAGCAACAUGGCGGCACCUCCCCACCCAGCAGAGGACAAGCUCCUUGCCGAGGUUCAGGUGUUCACUCUGGUGUCUCACCUUUUCUGGACUCUCUGGUCUAUUGUCCAGAGCCAGGUCUCCACCAUUCCCUUUGGAUAUACUGAUUAUGCUAUUGUCAGAAUGGAACACUACUUGGAGGACAAAGCAAACCUAAACGUGGAUAUCAUCAACAAGCGCAAAUCAGAAGCAAUGUGUGAAGAUGAAUAAAAAGCAGUGGAAAGGAAGAAGGGAAAGAAAAAAAAGAGAUCAUCUUGAAAAUAUGUUCUGCGUGAUAUUGUGCAAUCUGUUUUGUACAACAUGGCUGGUGCUGUGCCCUCUUAGCAUGUAAGGAUGUGAUCUCUCGAAGUGAUAAUAUUACUGCAUACAUGAUACAUAUAUGAUAUAUUAGUUACAUGACAUAUAAAUCAGUAAAUAGUACACAACACAGAAUACAUUAAUACAUCAAACAGUAUAUUGAUAUUUUACAUACAUUAAAUAUUACAUGAUACAUUAUCACUGAGAGUUCUAUGAAGCUACCCAUCUCAAUCACAAUGGUGUACCUGAGAUUCUUUACAGAUCUGCUUGUGCAAUCAUUUUGUGAUGGAAUAUGCUUGGGUAAUGAAAAAAAAAGAUGAAAUUAAGAAGGAAUAAAGAAAAAAGAUAUGUACACUUGUUACAUGCAGAGCUACACUGUGAACACCAAGUUGGUGCUGUGAUGUACAUUCUUGCUCUGUGAUGUCUUGUUACAAAUUCAUUUUGGAAUGAAGUUUCAAGUAAAAAUUGUUCUUUCUUGUAUAUAAUGUGUAAAAUGUACAAUCCGUUUUUUGUAACUUUGUUGGAAAGGUGUUGGUGUUUGGUAACAACUUUGCUGAAUCGCACUCCAUGUCUGAAGGAAGGCAACAUUCACUGAGUGCAAGUCAGUGCUAUUCAUAAGGUGGUUCUUGCCUAAUAUAAGCAGCUUUCUGAAUACAGUAUUGAUGGUGAUAUAUAGUACAUAUUUACUGAAGAAGCAGCAGUGUGUCCUUCAUGAUGCAUUGUCAAUUUUGCCAGGUUAUAAAGAGUAUUGUAUUCAGUUGUAAAUAUUAUUUAAGGAUUUCUAAUGAACUGUAGAUUUAAUUUCAAGUUCUUAAAUGCAAGUUGAAUGACUCUUCCAUUCAUAAGGGAUCAUAAAUUCUUUUUAGUCUUGGAAUAAUGUGUUUUUCAACAAAUUUGUUUUAUAAAUGAAAUUCUUUUUAGACCUAUGCUUUUGAGAGGUUGGUAAUUUUUUGAUGCAAUAUUUCUGUUUCAGAUAUUAUUCAGAAAAUUGCAAAAAAUAUUUGUUUUGAAAUGUCUUUGCUCAUACUGCAUUAAAAGAUUUUUGUUACAAGAGUGUCAGUGAAAUCGUUUUGGGAUAUAUAUGACUUAUAUUAUUUGCAUGUGUUGUCAUUACAAGUACUGUACAAUGGAUUUCAAGUUAUUUUUAUAUUUGAUGAAAUGUGAUUUUACUUCAUUGUGCUAUAAGAACAUUUUUUGUAAUUGUUGUUAUAAUGAAUGUUAUGCUUUGAACUUUUAAAUAAAGUAUCCAGCAAAUUUGAUUUGUAUACUGUGUUUAUAUGUUCAGGAGUAUAGUUUAUCUAAUAUACAAGACAGCUCAUUGAAAUGUUACAAAUGAAAAUAAUUAAUCUUGAGAUAAUACAUUAUAAUAUCACAUGAUAGACUGAAAUACCAGUGAUGCAUGUACAGUCAGAAAAAUAAAUAUCGUUACCCUCUGCACUAACUAAUAUGAAAAAUCGAUGAAGUGGUGUGGAAUAGCGAGGCAAGGUAGUUAACACCAUAAUCAGGUGUUAAUAGAGAGAAGCGUUCAGAUCCUCACUGAACACAAGUAAAGGUAACAAUAUAUAUAUUUUUUUUUCUGACUGUACAUCUCUGGCUUUCUAGUAAACAAAAAUCAAGAUGAGAAAAAGAGGAAAGAAAAACUGGCCAGAGCAAACCAAGGUCAGUAUUUAUGAAACUACCAUAUGAUGUGAAUGUGAUGUUGUGUUCCUGGACUUCAAUCCAGUACACGUAACUAGCCUGGUGAUGUUGGUUGUACUGUAUUACAAGACAGAGCCUUCUCUCUCUUUUCACUUGUGUAGAGAAGGUUUAUUUUUUCAGAAAGGGUUAUUUUUCAUAUAUGCUCAAGAAUAAAAAAAAAAAAAGAUGGGAGAGAUAUGGUGAGUGAAAAAAGAAUAAAAAAUGUUUUUGUAAAU